AUGGCGACGGUUAUGGCGGACAAGAGACCGAAAACGAAGAUCGUCUGUACCCUAGGUCCCGCAUCCAGGUCCGUUCCCAUGAUCGAGAAGCUUCUUCGAGCAGGCAUGAACGUCGCUCGUUUCAACUUCUCCCAUGGCUCCUACGAUUACCAUCAGGAAACCCUAGAUAAUCUCAGAACCGCCAUGGAUAAUACCGGUAUCCUCUGCGCCGUUAUGCUCGACACUAAGGGCCCGGAGAUUCGAACUGGAUUUCUCCAGGAUGGGAAGCCGGUCCAACUGAAACAAGGUCAGGAAAUAACCAUUUCCACUGACUAUACCAUAAAGGGAGAUGAUAAUAUGAUCUGUAUGAGCUACAAAAAGUUGGCUCAUGAUGUGAAGCCCGGGAGUGUUGUACUCUGCGCCGAUGGUACUAUAUCGUUUAAGGUUUUAUCGUGUGAUACAAAAGCGGGUUUGGUUAAAUGCCGCUGUGAGAACUCUGCUGUUCUUGGUGAGAGAAAGAAUGUUAAUCUGCCUGGAGUUAUAGUGGAUCUCCCAACUUUGACUGAGAAAGAUAAGGAAGAUAUUAUGGUUUGGGGAGUUCCAAAUAACAUUGAUAUGAUUGCGCUUUCUUUUGUUCGAAAAGGUUCUGAUCUGGUGCAGGUUCGGAAGUUGUUGGGGAAACACGCUAAGAACAUUCUUCUCAUGUCAAAGGUUGAGAACCAAGAAGGAGUUGCAAAUUUUGAUGAAAUCCUUGCAAAUUCAGAUGCAUUUAUGGUGGCACGUGGUGACCUUGGAAUGGAAAUUCCAAUAGAGAAGAUAUUUCUUGCACAGAAAGUGAUGAUUUAUAAGUGCAAUAUCCAAGGAAAACCUGUUGUUACUGCAACCCAAAUGUUGGAGUCAAUGAUCAAAUCUCCCCGUCCAACCAGAGCUGAAGCUACUGAUGUUGCCAAUGCAGUUUUGGAUGGCACAGACUGUGUCAUGCUUAGUGGUGAAACUGCUGCUGGAGCUUAUCCAGAACUUGCUGUUCGAACUAUGGCUAAAAUAUGUGUUGAAGCUGAGAGCACCAUUGAUUAUGGAGAUGUGUUUAAAAGGAUAAUGGAGCACUCACCAGUACCCAUGAGCCCAUUGGAGAGUCUUGCUUCUUCUGCGGUUAAGAUGGCCAACUCGGCUAAAGCAGCAGUUAUAUUGGUUUUAACUAGAGGAGGGAGUACUGCAAAAUUAGUGGCUAAAUACAGGGCAGGCAUGCCAAUUCUUUCUGUUGUUGUUCCUGAGAUUAAGACUGAUACCUUUGAUUGGUCCUGCAGUGAUGAGGGCCCUGCCAGGCAUAGCUUGAUAUUCCGAGGAUUGAUUCCAGUACUAAGCGCAGGUUCUGCAAGAGCUUCUCACGCAGAAACAACAGAAGAGGCACUAGACUUUGCCAUUCAGUAUGCCAAAACAAAGGGUCUCUGCAAAAACGGGGAUUCUGUGGUGGCUCUCCAUCGUGUGGGUGUUGCAUCAAUCAUCAAAAUCUUGACUGUGAAAUGA